GGUAUGUUAUGCCCAGCACGCCGUCACUUUAAAGAGACGCAUUCCAACUAUGGACGAUCCGGCAGCAGCAGACGGUGCAGAUGAUGAAUACAUGGCAAUGGAUGCUGAGCAAUGGUCGGACCAUGAGGACAUUUACGAAAACGGAGAUACAUCUGAACCAAACCCUGCUUCCAGAGGAGACAGGAAAGAGACAGCAGUUGCUAACAGGCCACUGCAAAACACCAACAACUCACCGGCCACACAACCUGCCCUCCCGCUACCUGACAGGUACCAGACCAUCAGACGCCCUCAACAGAGUGGAAAUAGAACAAAGCAACUGUCCCAAUUAGCUCUCCUCAGGGUUACUACACUGUGUCUGUUGGUGUUGUGUCUUCUGUUGAUCGGAUCGCUUAUUGCCCUGAGUUUCGUUUAUAACCAUUUAGCUGAGGCUCACUUGGAAGAGACUAUGAAAACAGACCAAUUGCGUGAGGAAAACAAUAACUUGAACCAGCAAAUAGGGAAUAUAAGAAAUCUCUCCCAGACAUACUUUAUAUCCAGCACUCAACGACCAGAAUGCCUCACUGUGCAGAACCUGUACAUACUAAAUUAUGAAGUGCUGGAGGAGCAACUGAGAAGGAAUUCAUUCUAUCUGUUCAGCCAGACUGUGACUACUAGAGGCUGGAACUGUACAAGCUACUCUCCCUGAGACCAUAGACUCCCUGAGACCAGAGACAGAAGCCACUAUACACAUAUAUACAUAUACAUAUAUAUAUACACAUACAUAUCCACAACGUAGCAGUGACCACAUAUUAUUGUCUUUGCUGUUUCCAGUGUAUGUUUUCAGUGAUUUUCAGGUUUCAGGUUUCAGGGGUGAUAUAUUAUGUUCUUUGUGUGCAUAUAUUCUAUUUUCCACCGAAGAACUCAUCUAUGGAUCUGUGUAUGCUUGUCUAAUGCUAAACAGGGCAGUGUAAAGAAGUCUACGAAUAAAUGGUUAUCAAACAUACCCAAGAGUAUGAGUUUCUGUUUUUUGUAAAACCAAAAUCUGUUUUUUUUUUAUUUUUUUUUUUUAUCAUCUCUUCUGAUAGAAGGUAUUAGGGGGAGGGAGACACAUAAAUAUACGAGUAGUCAGAGAACUUGUAGAAUAUAUUUCUGCUAAAUAACACUUACUGGUUCACUUAGUUAAUUGAAGUUACAUUAACACGCAUGUUUGCAUAUUUACAAAAUGGCAACAAUAUAAACAGUGCAUAUUUUCACUGUUAACAUUAGAAUCUGAUCCAAACCAUCACUUAUACUCGUGCUCGUGCAUUUCUAGAUAUAUAGGUGAUCUCCGAUACUUGUAAUACUGCAAAAGCAUUGUUGAUGAACCACCCAUUUUUCGCAUCAGCAGUGCCAGUGUUUAAUCAGUGGAAACUGGCAAACAUUUGAUUGUGUCGUUUCACCUUGUUUUUACUCUUGUUAUAAUUUUCACACACAUUCUGAACACAAACAGAACACAGGCAGUAUCUUUCCAUGAAUGCAUAAACACACACACACACCAACACACACCAACACUAUUUCCAUUCUGCCAUGCAGGCAACAGGAAGGGGAAAUGUAGCUUCCUGUGGAAGAAUGGGUGGAGGGGGCGGUGGUCACUCUACUGUGUGCGUGCGUGUAUACUUGGAAUAUACAGUACGUGCAAGCAUAUAUGCGUUCAUCUGUCCUUUCUAUUAACUAUUGUCUCAGGGGUUAUGGGUUCAUAUCAACCUAUAUGGUUGACACAACUGGUUCUAGGCAGUCAAUGAGGCUGCCCCGGGGAACUCUUGUUGACACAGCUCACUGCAAAUGGUUCGUGACCCCAGUGACGAUGUGAGAGGAUUUAAACCACAGACCCUGCUCUCCCUUGGCUGCACUUUUGCCACAAUAACAACAGUUACUGUUAGAGACUGACUGGGAAAAAUCUGUGAUUUAACCAAGUGGCAACUUCCGGGGCAGGAAAAUGAGGCCAAUGCACAAAUGCCAGAAACCACAAUUCUCUAAGUGGCCACUUGAGGUUGUCUCCAAAAGUGUACGUAUCCCGAUAGAGCCCCAUGUUAAAUGCCUGACUUUACAGCCAAAAAUCAAACAACCUGGAACAAAACUGUUUUUUUUGGCCUCUAUAACAAAUUUUUUUCCUCCAUGACAACUGCAUUGAUUUUUUAAUGUAUCCAACCCAUCUUGAACUGCAUUAAAACCUCAAGGUACGAGUAAUUAAGGAUGUGGCCGCUUGGAGUGACAGGUGGACAGGACACACUAGGUCUCAGUGCCCUGCCUCAGAUCCUCUUUUUCCACUUUUGUAUCACCCAGGAGCUUGACAGAGCCUGACACGUCCCACUGAGCUUUAAAAUCACUCUUUUCUAUUGGUGUUUGCAUCUUUAUAUACAGUCCAUCGAUUUAACACCUUUGCAUGGUUGGGGUGCCUUUGUUGAAAGAGCAGGUAACGGGCUGUUACUUUUCUCGGUUUAGAUAGUAUUAGAUGUGAUUUUGGUCCAAACCAAUUCAUGUUAUAGAGCCUGGUGGUUCAAGCUUGGUUUAAUUGCUUAGUUAUAUGUGCACUACAGGGGAUAAUACAGUAUUAAAAGUUACGAUGAGGCAAAAAAAGGAACGGCACUAAAGAGAGUUGAUACGCAUACAUUGUGAAAACCUUGCAAAGUCAACAAGGUUAUGCUGCAGCAAAUGUGUGACAUCAUAAGAAAGUUAUGGCACAGGACAGUUUUGGACAACAAACAGGAAGGCAUGACUUACAUCAUGCGGGGUUAAAGGUUUUGAGAAGAACUGCCAGAGCAUAAGUGCAAAACUGCAGAAUCGAUAAAAUAUAAUGUCAUCCAUGACACUUAUUAGUCAGCAACAGAGCUCUAUACUACAGUAGGGUAGGUGAGGGCAGGGAGGGUUGUGGAGCAGAGCAGCAGAGGGCAGCACGCAGCUAUGGGAGGGGCACAAAGGCAGUGUGGGUCUAUUAUGGGAACAAAACCAUGGCAAGAGCAGGGCAGGGCAGGGUUGAGGCAGAGCAGAAAGUAGCUGAAUGAUAUGAGAAGGACAAUGACAGGACAGAAAAAUCAGUCUACAGAGGAGAAGGCUUGAGAUUAAAGUGUGGAUCUUUGUCUGGUAGCUUUAAAGAGAUGUGAGGCCUCGGGCUGUUCUCGUUAUCAGCAGUGACGAUGAUAGUUUGUGAGUGCAGCGCCUACAUGUGAGUGCGCUUCUGUUCGCGAGA